UUAUUAUUCUACUAGCUCAUAUUAGAUAUUGUGUUGUUUUGUUUGUUCCUCAAAGCAGGUCAUCGAUCUUCACAUAAAGUGUGUAUUGUCUCAUUUUUUGGGUUAAAGUUGGUUAAUGGCUUCCCAUUCAUUUUCAGAAGAACGUGGGACCACUUGUCUUACAAACCAAGACCAAUAUCCUUACAAUGUUAUAUAUUGUGGAAACUGUAGUUUGCCUUUCGAAUAUUGUGAAUAUAACGGUCCAGAAGAGUUUCAACGUUGUUUGUUAUGGCGUCGUGAAAACUAUCCAGAACUCUUUUCUACCUAUGAUGAAAGCUUAUUAACUGAUGCUUUCAAGAACGUAUCCUUGGCUGAUUCUCUUUCAAAGGCUGUCGAAAGCAACAAUAAUAGUUCAUCAAAGAAGAAAUCCCCUAUCAAUCCUGAAGUGGUCAUCGCCAGAGCACAAAGAAAGGGAAGGAAGCAAGUAACAAUUAUCAGUGGUUUGGAUAAGACUGGAGUCAAACUAUCGGAGUUUUCAAGGGUCUGCAAAAAGCAAUUUUCUUGUGGUGCUUCGGUAGUAACAGCACCCGAUAUGAGAGAAGUAGUUGAAAUACAGGGACCAAUUUUUGGUACCUCAAGAAUACUUGUAUGUAAUGGAUGACAACAAAAAGAAAGUUCACGCUUUUUAA